UCAACGGACGUCUAUCUACAGUCACUGCGCAUUUUUCAAAAUUGCAACUACCACACGACGCGACCGUUUAAGAAGAAGCUGAAAAACAAACAGAUGAAGUAGGAGCGGUAGCAGCAGACGCCGAAGGAGAAGACACAUCAGCUGGAUUACAGCAGCAAGAAGUGAACAACAACAGCGAAGAGGAGAGACGAAAUCGAAGCGACUUCUUUGGAGCAGCAAGUGCAGCGAGGGAAAAUAAAUAGCUGCAAAAUGUGCCAAUGAUUUAGUGCGCCGUCGAAUCAACAGAGCGUAACUGAGGAAACCUCAAACUGCAGUUUGUUGCAAGUUGCCACUGCAACAAUGUCGUUCCGGAAGAGUGAAGUGAGGGCCCUAUUGCGCAAAGAUGUGCUUGUGCGCUGGCGCCAGAAGGGUUUGGCAUUGACGCAGAUCCUCUUCCCCGUGCUGAUCUUCAUGAUGCUCUAUCUUAUACGGCUCAAGUAUGGAUCCGAAUCGUUGGAUGCCUGUCAGUUCCCCACACGUCUGCUGCCCACCAAGAAUCAGGUAGUGCCCAGCUCCUUCUCCUAUAUCUGUAGCAUAGAGAACAAGUGCCUGUGCACCGAUCCCUACGAAGAGUACUCCAAAUGGGAGGCAGCACCCUUGCAUAACGUGAUCGAUGUCGCAAACGUUUUUGUAACCGAUGAUCGUCUGUACAAUGCGGUCUUGGAACUGCCGGAGAAGGCGAACUUUGUGGGCGCGGUGACCACGUUGGUCACCAGUAAAUAUUUUGAUCUCAUUCGCAACAACAUAGGCGAAAUUAUUUCACUGGUUCCUGAAAUUGAACGCCUGAUGAACUAUAGUUUUGAUAUCUCAAAACUGUUUUCAAAUCGGGAGACGUUCGUUAAACUGGGCGUGUUGCUGUGCGGACAUCCCUUCCCGAGCACGGAGAGCAUACCUUUGGUCAACGACAUUCUCUACUCCGAAGAUUUUAGCGAGAUCAACGACGAUGAGCUGCAGGCCAUGCCGACCAAGUACUGCAAGCGUUUAUAUUUGGAUGUUACCUCGACGAACCAGGGCAAGCUCACUUGGAAUUUCGUCAAGCCAAUUAUACAGGGCAAAAUUCUGUAUACGCCAUCCAAUGCGGAUACUGACAGCAUUGUUAAGUUUACCAAUGGCACCUUUGAGGAGAUGGAUCGGCUGAAGAAAUUAUCUAAAGCUACUGCCGCUGUACUUGGCAAGCUACGCACGAAUGCCACCUUCCAGGAUGCGUUUGAGAAUCUGCUGAAGCUGGCACGUUCGCCGCUGGUGAAGAGUCUCGUUGGCGAUGACUUUGAUAUUGAAGAGAUUGAGCGCAUAAUGAACUAUGUUCGUAGCAAUAAGCUCAUAUACGAGGUUUUCAGUACCAUCAGCGAUCUGCUGGAAUGCCUCUCUGUGGAUCGCUUUAUACCGGUAGAGAAUGUGGAGCAGCUGCAGCAUCGCGCCUUCAAGCUGAACCAGCAGCGUCUCUUCAUGGCCGCUUUAAACUUUGAGAGCGUGGCGGGUGAGCAUAUUACCUACAGACUGCACAUGGACACGGAUAAUACGCAGCCCACUUUCGAGAAUAAGAAUCGGUUCUGGUUUCCGGGGCCAGCGGGCAGUAUGCUGGUAGAUCUCAAGUAUCAUCGCGGCUUUGUACAGCUUAUGCAGAUGGUUGAUCUGGGCAUCAUUAAGCAUAAGCGUCAAGAGCUGGGUCCCGUCGAGGAGCCCGAAUCGGAUCGAUCAACACGCCCCUUGAUCAGCGUACAGCGCGUGGACGAUGAAGAUGAUCUCUUUGAUGAGGAGGAUGACUUUGAUCAAGAUCUGAAUAGCAGUGUCGAGGGGACGACAUUCCCUCCAGAGGAUACAACUCUCAGUGAACAGGAUGCGGAGACAACCACAGAACAGGAGACUACCCCAGCACAGGAGACUAUCCCAGCACAGGAAUCUACUAUAUCUACCAUAAGACCUGAACUACACAGCAACAGCGAGAUGGAUGAACCCGGCGAGCGCGUGCGACGCCAAGAACUCUUUGAUCUGCAGAAGGCGUCGGAUACUCGGGAGAGUGGAGCUCGCUUUAAGCGGCAGGGUCUCUUGGAUCUGCUGAGCAGCUUUGGUAGCGGCAGUGAUGAUUCGGAGGGCAUGAAAUUUAAUGUGGAUGAUAUGCAAUUCUAUACCAAGCAAUUUCCCUAUCCCGCCUAUGUCAGUGAUGACUUCAAGCGUGGUCUCUACCUAGCCCAAGCCGUUCAGGUGGCAUACUGUGUGGGCCUGGUCAUAGCCGUCGCCAUAUGUGUGCGGGAGCGUAUCUGGAUGCGUGAAAGCCGCAAUAGCAUGCUGAUGCGCUCUAUGGGCUUGCAUGCACACUCAGAACUGGUUGCCUGGAUUCUGAUGAGCUUCAUGGAACUCUUGGUCAUCUUUGUACUGAUCAGCAUUGUCCUCUACUCUGGCGGUAUUCUUGCCUUUACCAACUGGUUCUUUAUGAUGUUCUAUUGCCUGGUGUUUGGCGCGUGUCUGAUAUCGUUUUGCUACAUGUGCUCGAACUUCUUUAUUUCGGCCAACAUUGGUGCUGUCGCCACAUCGUUGCUUUUCUUUAUCACACUCUGUCCGUAUAUCAUAGUGCUGCUCUUUGAUGCCAAGCUCAAUUUGCUGCAGAACUUCUUGGUUGAUCUCUCCUUUACGACGGCCUUUGCUAAGGGUUGGAGCGAACUAAUGCGCAUGGAGCUGCAGGAACAGGGCCUGACACUUGGCCAAUUGUUCCACCUGGGACCGGCUGGCAGCGAGUGCGCUCUGGCCUUCCUCAUGUUCAUACUCGACACUAUGCUAUAUGCGGCCAUUGGCUUUGGCUAUCAGCGCUAUAAGAAGAAUAACUAUAGCUUUGUGCGGGUAACUCGCGCUCAGCUGGAUGCCAAGCUUGGCGCCUCGCUGAGCAGCGUGACCAAGAUGUAUGGCAACAAGUAUGCUAUCUCGAAUCUCAGUGUGGAUUUUGCACGCAACCAGGUAAGCUGCCUGCUUGGACGCAACGGUGCCGGCAAGAGCACACUGAUUAAGCUGCUCACGGGCCAGACGGUGCAGACAACCGGCCAGGUGUUCCUCGCCGGUGAGCACAAUGUGGGUGUCUGCUGGCAGGACAAUAUUCUAAUACCCAAACUGACUGCCCGCGAACAUCUGGAGCUCUAUGCUCAGCUCAAGCUGGAUCCGUCGAAUAGUCGCGAGCAGGCGAAUGCUGCGAAUGAGGUGCGUCAAACUCUGGAUAGCCUCAACUUUGGCAAGCAUGAGAACUACUAUGCCUAUCAGUUAUCCGGCGGCUACAGGCGGCGGCUGUGUGUGGCCCUUGCCUUCAUUGCCUCGCCAAGCGUUGUUAUUCUCGACGAGCCGUGCAAUGGGGUGGAUGCCAAGGCGCGCAAGGAUAUAUGGCAUCUGAUCGAGCAACUGCGUCAGGGACGCGCCGUCAUCUUUGCCACACACUUCCUCGACGAGGCAAAGUACCUCAGCGAUGCACUCUUCAUCAUGCGCAAUGGUCGCAUUGUGGGCCAGCACAGCCGUGAAUCACUGCAUCGCCUUUGCACCUCAGAUUACAGCAUCGAGAUGCACUGUAUGGAUGCAAAUGCAUCCGCUACCAUUGUGCAGCAAGCACAGCAACUGCUAAGCAACAGCCAUUCGUUGGCCGGCAAGCAGCCAGGCGAUUUGAUCAUUAGCGCCAGCUACGCCGAAAAUCUGACGCCUAGUGCGGUGCAGUUUCUGGAGCUGUUACAGACGCAGGAGACAGCUGGCAUCAUAAGUGACUUGGCACUUAGUAGCUCUAGUAGCCUGGAGCAGGAAUUCGAGCAGCUGAAUAGCAGCGUGAACGCAUCACUCAAUCUGCAAGGGGCGACGAACACGUCAAGCAUUGUCACUGGACCCGCGGAUGUGACAGAUGAGCCACCUUCUUUCGGGACCCAGUUCUCGCUGUUGUUGGGCAAACGGCGACGCCAUCUGAUGCGCAACUAUCGCCUGCUGCUAUACGUGCUGCUGCUGCCAGCUAUUUUCGAGGUAUGCGCCAUGUGGUUUGUCAGCUACCGCCUGGAGGAUGACUUUGACACCGUGCUCCCCCUUAGUCGAGAUCUCUAUCCGCACACUGCACAAAUGUUGAGCCAGGAGCGGCUGACGCGCUUCACGGACCACCUCUAUGACAAUCUGAUGACGGACUGCGACAAGGAUUUCGGAUGCAGUGAGUUUAAUAGCUCGCGGCACGCCUUCUACUGGAUGCUUAACAGUUUGGACGAGUAUCGGGGUCGCCGCUAUGGCGGCUAUGGUCUCAAUGGCACCGGCGCCACUGUCUGGUAUAACAACAAAGGCUACCAUGCCAUGGUUGCGUGGCUCAAUGAUUUGAACACUCAUCUACUGCGCACAUCGCUCAAUAGCACGGACUACGACAUUCGAGCGUUGAAUGAGCCCUGGAAACUGGGCUAUGCCGAGCUGAGCACUAGCUCAGUGCUGCGUCAGGCUGGUGAUUCCUGCAUGGUCUUCAUACUGUUGAUCGCAUUUGGUCUGGUUGUCGCUGCCGGCUCCGUUUAUCUGGUCAACGAGCGCAUCAAUGGUGAGAAGCUGCAGCAGCGCCUAAGCGGUGUCAGCGCUGCCACCUACUGGCUGGUGGCCUUCCUCUGGGACUAUCUCGUCAUGGUGCUGGCCUUGAUCGUUUGCCUCGCCAUUGUGCUGAUGUUUAAUAUGCCCGUUUUUGUGGAUCGCCAGCAACUGUCUGGCAUUGUGGGCUUGUCCCUAAUGUUUAGUUUUGCCUGCGUGCCCGCCGUGCAUGUGGUGGAGAAGAUCUUUAGCGACUCGAGCAUCGCUAUUGUAUCCAUUUUUUGCGCCAACAUAAUCAUACCACUAGUAACGAUGGGCAUCGUGCUGAUCUUGGGUGUUGUGGGCGACGGACCCAGCUGGGACAGUUGGCGUCAUGGCCUGAACAAUGCCUUCCUUAUAUUUCCGCAGCAUGCGCUGGGCGAUGGCUUGCUUGAGUUGUGCAAGAACUACAUGGCCGCUGUGGUCUUCAAGCGCUACGACAUUGACUCCUACAGGGUGCCAUUGGCCAGUGAUCUGCUGAGUCGUCACUUCACCGCCCUUGCCAUCGUUGGCAUUGUGUGCGUAUUGCUCAACCUGCUCAUCGAGCUGCAUCUGCUUAGCCGCAUGUGGCAUCAGGUGACGAGCUUCUUCGAUUGGCAGUACCGGCGAGAGCUGCGCAAGCUGGGCCAGCUCAAGCUCGUCAGCAUACAGAGCAUAAUGAAGAGCUGCGUCAGCGCCGGCGAGGCUCUACGUGUCGACAAUCUUUGGCUCGCCUACCGACGCGGACGCUAUGCGGUGCGCCAGGUGCACUUCGCCGUACACCACGGCGAAUGCUUUGGGCUGCUUGGCAAGAAUGGAGCCGGCAAAUCGACCAUUUUUAAGCUACUCACGGGUCAGCUGCUGCCGAAUGUGGGACAAAUCUACUUUGAGCAUCCCAGCAUUUCGUACUGUCCGCAGAGCAAUCCACUCGAUCCGCUGCUAACUGUGAAGGAGUGCAUCCAGCUCUAUGGUCAGCUGCGUGGCAUCAAGCAACUGGAUCAGCUGUUGGAGCGCAUUCUGGAUACGUACGAGUUGCGCAGCUAUCGGGAUGUGCAGGUGAAGAGACUGAGUGGUGGCAAUCGACGCAAGCUGACUGUGGCUAUCAGCUGCUGCGGUUACACGCCCACCAUAUUGAUGGAUGAGCCCACUAGUGAUAUGGAUCCGGUGACGCGUUCCUUUGUCUAUCGCACCAUUGAGCAGCUGUUGGCGGCUCGUCGUGCCGUCUUGCUGACCUCGCACUCCAUAUCGGAGAUCGAGCACUUGUGCCAGCGCGUGGCUGUGCUUAAGGAUGGCAAAAUCGUGGCCAGCAACAGUCCGGCUCAGUUGAAGGCCCAGCAUGGUGGCUAUUAUGCCAUCAGUUGCUUCUGUGCGCCCAUUCAGCAGGCGGCGCUGGCCAAGAUGCUGCCCCAGCGUCUGCCUAGUGCCUGUGACCUGCAGCACCAUUCGCAUAGCUUGCGAUUCCUCGUCAAGAUACGUCAGCAGGCGAACAGCUCGAAUGGUUCGUCUGGCUCGUCUGGCUCGUCUUUCAAGCAGCCGACGCUCGCUGAGCUCUUUGAUACGGUGCGGGAUAUGGCUGCCAGUCUUCAGGUGCCGGUGAACUUUUCGAUCAGUCGCUGUCGCUUCGAUGCGGUCUUUGAGCGGAUCCUGGACAACAGCGAGGCAACAACAAAUGGCGCCAGCGAUCUGCCCUCAAAGUCAGCAGCAGUCAGCGGCACCCUGGAAACAGGCUAUGUGCACUGCGGCUUCGAGGAGACCAUGACCUGAAUCAUAUAUAUAUACCACAAAUCAAUUUUAAUGUGCAAUGCUGUCCGUCUGUCAGUCCGUCCAUCUUCAUAAACAUAAUUUUAUUUGACGCAGCUUAAGCUUGACACUUUUCCGCUGUUUCAAAAAUAGGAAAACAAAAACUUUGAAUUGAGUUUACCAAUAACCGCCACCACCUCUUGAACGAAAAACUAUAUUUUACUCUUUUCGAGUCGUUGGCUAAGAUUUUUAGAAUUUUAGAAUAACUAUUGUCAUUACCAUUAUCAAGAAAGAUCACUCGAACUUGUUUUCAACGGUUACAACACUAGGAUUGGAAUAUUCCGAACUUGACGUUUUUACUUAUUUUUUUUUUUUUUAAUUUUUUUUUAGUAUUAAUAUUAGUUCUUUAAAUAUUUUGUAGUCGAAUUGUUUUACUAUCUUAUGUCUAUAUUAUGUUUUAUAUCAUAGGAAAAUUACUGUGUGAUAAGUUAGGACGCUUUGUUCCAGUGAUAGGUUAACGGUAAAUGUUGGUUUAGGUUCCCAGGUUUGUUCGGUUUCGGUUUCGAAGGCAUCUUGAAUCAUUGUGUGUAAAAGAUUUCAAACGAAUUACGAUUACGUUAUUUAUCUAUGUACUUAUCUUAUAACGAUAUCGAUCGCCGUUGAGUGCAAUGAAAGGUUUCAGCACUAAGCGGACAGUUCAGUCUAUAAAUGGGCGUGUUGGUUUCCGUUUGAAACCUUUUGAACGCCACUAACAAGUACUUAUGCCAGUAUGUCUAGUUAACUAUCUACUAUAAAUAAUGAAUGUAAAAUGAUAAUGCUUGAUAUGGUUGUAAUUAUAAUAAUUAUAUAGUUGAGUCCAGGGGCUGAAUGCAUUUUAUAUCUAUAUUGAAUAAAUCAAAUUUAGCUGUGUAUAAUACUUGUGUACAUUUU